UCUGUCUGUUAAUUAUUCUGAUCUCAAACACACAGAGAAACUCCUGCUGAAGCUGAGAUCCUCGAGACACUGUUAUAGAGAUGGAGCUUAUUAAAGAGGAGAGUGAAGACGUGAGGAUUGGAGAAGCUUUCAAACAUGAAGAUCCUGAGGAACAAACAGAGCUGAUGCCACUGAAAGAGGAGUAUCAAGAUCUGAAUAAAAUGGAAGAGAAAAAUCAGUAUGAGAAAAGUCAUGACUUAAUGACUGGGGAAAAAUCUUUUAGUUUCUCACAGACUCAUAAAACAGAAACUAGGAACCUUGAAGUCCACACUGAAGAGGGUCAUUUUAGCUGCCAGCAGUGUGGAAAGAGUUUCAGUCGAAAACAAAGCCUUAAAAUCCACUUAAAAAUCCACAGUGGAGAGAAGCCGUUCAUAUGCCCUCAGUGUGGAAAGAGUUUUACACUGAAAAAAACUCUUAGUGCCCACAUGAGCAUUCACACUGGAGAGAAACCUUACUCCUGCGAACUUUGUGGGAAUGCUUUCUCACGAAAAGAGAGUCUUAAUAUUCACAUGAGAAUCCACACUGGAGAGAAGCCUUACCCCUGCCAGCAGUGCGGGAAGAGCUUCUCAGUAAAGGGAAAUCUUAAAAUUCACACGAGAAUCCACACCGGGGAGAGGCCAUUUAUAUGCUCUCAGUGUGGAAAGAGCUUCUCGCUAAACAGACAUCUUGAAGUUCACAUGCAAGAUCACACCGGCAAGAGGUUGUUCAUCUGCUCUCAGUGUGCAAAGAGUUUUAAGCAGAAAAAAGAACUCGAUGCCCACAUAAAAAUUCACACUGGAGAGAAGCCUUACUCCUGCAAACUGUGUGGGAAGAGCUACAAGAUCAAAGCAAUCCUUAAGAUUCACAUGAGAGUUCACACUGGUGAGAAGCCGUUUGUUUGUGAUCACUGUGGAAAGAGUUUCAGAUAUAAAGAGAGCCUGAAUCAUCACAUGAGGAUUCACUCAGGAGAGGACUGUUUUAUUUGUCAUCUGUGUGGAACGAGUUUCCCAGACAGGAAUCACCUUGAGAAUCACGUAAAAAUUCACGCCGGAGUGAAGCUUUUCAUGUGCCAUCACUGUGGAAAGAGUUUCAAACAAAGAGUGAACUUUGAGAAUCACAUGAGAGUUCACACUGGAGAGAAGCCUUUCUCCUGCACUCAGUGUGGAAGGAGCUUCACAGUUAAAGGACACUUUGAGUAUCACAUGAGACUUCACACUGGAGAGAAGCCUUACACCUGCCCUGAUUGCGGAAAGAGCUUCACAAAUAAAGGAAACCUUAAGACUCACAUCAGAGUUCACACUGGAGAGAAGCCUUACAAGUGUCUUCAGUGUGAAAACAGUUUCACAUAUCACACAGAACUGAAACGGCACUUGCAAACUCACUCUGGAGAGAAAUUGCUGUUUUCCUCAGUGUGACGAGAGGUUUAGGAAAAGGACCAAUUUCUUUUUUUUUCAAUUUCAACAGUCAUUGUUGCAUUCACUCUGGAGAAAGACCAUUACGUUGUGAUCAGUGUAAUAACAUCAAACUUAGACUUACAAAUGGAAAGUCAUGUAAAUGUGAAACCGCGUUUGUGUUCUUUAAAAAGAGUCCCCUUACAAAAAGAAGUUUAUUCAAGUGUGCUGUUGGUAUACUCUGU